CACACUCAUUAUCUCUCUCUCUCUCUCUUUCUCACUUGGAACAUGCCGUCUUCUUCGCCUACCACCCUCCGCUUUUUCAUUCAUAUCUUCUUCUUACUUUCUUACUUUCACAUUUCAGAUCAGUUCAAGAUCCACAGUUCUGAAUGAUUUGGCCCUAUUUUCCCUUUCUGUGAAGCUCAGAAUGAUUUGAUAUUCUUGGGUUGUUUUGGGUUUUGAUGGGUGUGGUUGAGGACAGCUUCAAAGAAUGGUAACUUGGGUGCUGAAGUUUUAAGUGUCUGGACCUCACACACUGAAUAAUCUAGCAAUCUUUCAAGCAAUCCUCCCACAUUAAGUGAUUCUUGAAUCAGAAUUUAAAUGGGCAAUGCUCAGGUUCUGCCAUUCUACAUCACAGUAUGUGUGGUCGCGUUUGUUAUCUCCAAAAUAAUUAUAGCAGUGCUUCUCUAUCGCCGAUGGCAAAGAAAGCACAUGAUUGUUCAAGACAGUUUAACUGGAGGAAAGCUAGUCAUGUUUAGAUCAUCAACAAUGAAGUCUCUAAAAUACGAUACAUUCUUAAAGAAGAUCAUGAAACUGAGCAACAAGGACAUUAUUGGAUCAGGAGGCUACGGUACAGUUUAUCAAAUGUCGAUAAAUGACUCCACAGCCUUCGCAGUGAAGAGACUUAACAGGGGAAGCGCAGAGAGGGACAAAGGUUUCGAGAGAGAGUUGGAGGCAAUGGGAGAUAUUAAGCAUCGGAAUAUUGUUACUCUUCAUGGAUAUUACACUGCCCCUCACUAUAAUCUUCUAAUCUAUGAGCUAAUGCCUAAAGGAAAUUUAGCCACAUUGCUCCAUGGGAAGUCAAUGGACAAGAAGGCUCUAGAUUGGCCUACGAGAUACAAAAUAUCAUUAGGUGUGGCAAGGGGAAUAUCAUACCUUCAUCAUGAUUGCAUCCCUCACAUAAUCCAUAGAGAUAUUAAGUCGAGCAACAUACUGCUAGAUAAAGACAUGGAGGCUCGGGUGUCUGAUUUCGGAUUAGCCACACUGAUGGCACCGGAUAAGACACAUGUUUCGACACUAAUUGCAGGGACUUUUGGAUACUUAGCUCCUGAGUAUUUUGAUACAGGAAAAGCUACAGCAAAAGGGGAUGUUUAUAGCUUUGGUGUUGUUUUACUUGAACUACUAACAGGAAAGAAACCAACAGAUGAGGCAUUUACUGAGGAGGGUACUAAGCUUGUCACAUGGGUGAAAGCUGUAGUUGAAGAGAAGAGGGAAGAGCUUGUAGUUGAUAGUAGCUUAGAGUGUUGUCCAGCUGAUGAAAUUAAGCAUGUAUUCAACAUUGCUAUGAUGUGCCUUGAGUCAGAGCCAUCCAAAAGACCUACCAUGACUGAGGCUGUUAAGUUGCUUGUGCAGAUAAAAUCAGACAAAGUUGUAACAGACUCUUGAUCUUUACUAAAUACAACUUCCAUUUUCCAAGCCAAA